AUCUUAUUUUUUUUUCUUCUUCUUCUUCAUUCCUUUAAACUAUUUGAAUAUGGAUUCUCAACUUAUCAAGACAGUGAAUAAACUUCAAGAUGCAUUUGCUACUGUGGGUGUACACAAUCCUGUUGAUUUACCUCAAAUUACUGUCAUCGGGUCUCAGUCAAGUGGUAAAAGUUCGGUUUUAGAAAACAUUGUGGGUCGAGACUUUUUACCAAGAGGUACUGGUAUUGUUACUCGAAGACCUUUGAUAUUGCAACUUAUCAACCGACCUGCUGAAUCAUCUACUGAUAAAGAUACCAAGACAAAUGAUAAGGAAAAUCCUAACGAAUGGGGUGAAUUCCUUCAUCUUCCUGGUGAAAAGUUUUACAAUUUUGACAAGAUACGAGAAGAAAUAAUUAGAGAUACUGAACUCAAGACUGGAAAAAAUACUGGUAUCUCCCCUCAGCCUAUCAAUUUACGUAUCUUUUCUCCCAAUGUAUUGACUUUAACCAUGGUGGAUUUACCUGGUUUGACAAAGGUACCUGUUGGAGAUCAACCAAAGGAUAUUGAAAAACAAAUUCGUGAAAUGAUCUGCAAAUAUAUCACCAAACCAAAUGCCAUUAUUUUAGCUGUUACAGCUGCCAACACUGAUUUAGCAAAUUCAGAUGGAUUGAAAUUAGCAAGAGAAGUCGAUCCUGAAGGAUUAAGAACUAUUGGUGUACUUACAAAAGUGGAUUUAAUGGAUCAAGGAACAGAUGUCAUUGAUAUUUUGGCUGGUCGUGUGAUUCCCUUACGUUUAGGUUAUGUACCAGUAGUGAAUCGUGGACAGCGUGAUAUUGAUAGCAAGAAAAGUAUCACUAAAGCACUCUCAGCAGAAAAAGAUUUCUUUGAAAAUCAUGCAUCUUAUCGCAGCAAAGCUCAAUAUUGUGGUACUCCUUUUUUGGCUAGAAAAUUGAACAUGAUUUUGAUGCAUCAUAUUCGAAAUACUUUACCGGAAAUUAAGGCAAAAAUUCAAAAUGCUUUGGUCAAAUAUCAACAAGAACUUGCUCAGUUGGGUGAUCCUCUUGGUGAUGGCUCCGCAAAUCAAGCCAAUUUGGUCCUCAAUAUUAUCACUGAAUUCUGUACUGAAUUUCGUACUAUCAUUGAUGGUAAUUCUAAUGAUCUAUCAAGCUUUGAAUUAUCUGGUGGUGCUCGUAUUAGUUUUGUCUUUCAUGAACUCUAUUCAAAUGGUGUCAAAAGUGUAGAUCCUUUAGAACAAAUCAAGGAUGUGGAUAUUCGCACCAUUUUGUACAACUCUUCGGGUUCCUCUCCUGCUUUAUUCGUUGCCACAACUGCUUUUGAAGUGAUCAUCAAACAACAGAUCAAAAGAUUAGAGGAACCUAGCAUCAAAUGUAUCAAUAUGGUAUAUGAUGAACUUGUCCGGAUAUUAGGACAACUUUUAGGCAAACAGUUCUUCAAACGUUUCCCUACUCUCAAAGAAAAGUUUUACCAAGUUGUUCUUUCCUUCUUCAAAAAAGCAUUGAAUCCUACCACGAAACUUGUAUCAGACCUUGUAGCAAUGGAAGCUUGUUAUAUUAACACUGGUCAUCCUGAUUUCUUGAAUGGUCACCAAGCCAUUGCUCUUGUCAACGAACAACUUCAAGCUAAAACUCAACCAACGGCACCAACAAGUGAAGUUAAACAGCAAACCAAAACUCCCCAACAAUUAGCUCUUCAGACAGGUCAACAAACAACAACUUCCAACAGUGAUGAAAGUGGAUUCUUUGGUAGCUUUUUCUCUGGUCCCAAGAAAACAAAAAAGAUGAGUGGAUUGAUGGAAGCGCCCCCUUCAACUCUCAAGGCCACUGGCGCAUUGUCAGAUCGUGAAUAUAUGGAAACUGAAGUAAUCAAAUUGUUGAUUCAAUCGUAUUACAACAUUGUCAAGCGAACGAUGAUCGAUAUGGUGCCCAAAGCUAUCAUGCUCAAUCUUGUUACUCAUGCCAAGGAAGAAUUGCAAAGGGAAUUAUUGACCGAAUUAUACAAAGCCGAUGUACUAGAUGAACUUUUAGAAGAAUCCGAAUUUACCCAACAAAGGCGGAAGGAAUGCAAGAAAAUGAUUGAAGCAUUACAAAAGGCUGAUGAAAUUGUCGGAUCUGUUUGAAUGACCAGUAUCCUUCUUUUAGUCUAGUUUAUAUAAUAUAUUAUCGUUCAUUAUUAGAUUAUGCUUUCAAUUUUUUUUUUUUUUGGUCUUCAUUCUAUAUAUCACAAUAAACAUGGUAGUGUGUAUUUAUGUCUUAUAAAAUACUUUUAUUAUUCUUUAUUUUACUUUAAAAGAAUAUUCCCAAUUCGACUCUUUAUCAUAUCACAUCCAUCUACACAUCAAUUAAAC